GAAAAAUCAGGAUUUUCCAAUAUUGUUUUUUGCACUCUCAUCUACCUGUCCUUUGUUCCGUUCUGUUUUGAGCAUCAUUUUCCCCUUGAUUCCAAUCCAUCUUCCGGUGAGUACAUGCUUGAAUUUGGAUGCUUGCUAACCUUGAGGAGCAAUCGGUACAACAAUUGAUACCGAGGUCGCCAUAAUUUCUUUCAGGGCAGUGGUUUCUUCCACUUUCCUUAUCUUCAUUUCAAUAUUCACUGCCUUUUCCACUUCUCGGUCGUCAACGAUUGAAGUCGAAUAUAUUUCACACCUUCUUGAAAUUCAGGAUCGCGAGAGGGCGCUUGCACAUGUCCAAGUUGCAUGUUGUGCCUCGUGGAGUUCUUCGUCGACUUCUUCCUAGCUUCGACUUUAACAUUGUCUCAAAGUUCUUGGAUUUGCCGUCCGAUAUUAGUUUAUAUCAAAGCAUAUGCUGCAGAGCAUAUCCUGAGCACCCUCUUUUACAAAUUACCAUCAACAACGACCGCCAUCAGCGCCGCCGCAAACGCUCAAAGCUAUGGACAAUUCAAUCGUAGUUCUAAUCACUGGCUGCGCCAAAGGCGGCAUUGGCUACGAAUAUUGCAAAGCAUUUGCCGAACAGGGCUGCAUUGUCUUCGCCACUGACCUUCCUCAACGUGCCCACCAAUUGUUGGACGGAAGUCCCCACAGAGUCCAAACGCUUGAACUCGACGUGACAUCUGAUGAAAGUGUAGCAAAAGCCGUAGAGACCAUAAUUUCAAAGCAUGGCCGCAUUGAUAUCUUGGUAAACAAUGCCGGGAUCGGCAGCAGCGGCCCGCUUGCUGAGCUUCCGUUGCAGGCUGUGAGGAAAGCUUGGGAAGUCAAUACACUUGGCCAGCUGAGGAUGGUGCAGCAAGUGGUACCCCAUAUGGCUUCUCGCUGCAGCGGAGUCAUUGUCAAUGUCGGUAGCAUUGUAGGGAACGUGCCAACACCGUGGGCAGGGUCGUAUUGUGCUAGCAAGGCAGCUGUCCAUGCUAUGUCGCACGCGCUGCGGCUCGAGCUGAGGCCGUUUGGUAUCAACGUAGUGAUGGUGAUGCCUGGAGCUAUAAGGUCGAAUUUCGGGAGUGCGACAGUUGAGAAUGUGAGAAGUCAAGAAUGGAAGCUUUACAAGAAAUUUAAAGAAAGUAUAGAAGAGAGGGCAAAUGCAUCACAGAGUGGGAAAUCAACUGAUGCAGGGGUUUUUGCAAGAGAAGUUGUGAAGAAAGUGCUGAGGAAGAAGCCGCCAAGGCAAAUUGUUUUGGGGCAUUUGAGUGGCUGGUUAUCCUUGCUUUCUUGGCUUCCACUUUGGUUGAGAGAUCUCUGCUUCUCCUAUCGCUUCAACUUGAAUAAAAAGGUAUGAAAACUUCAAACUUUUUGGUUCAUCAUGUAGUUUCAUUUGGGAGUGAGAAAAUAAGUUUGUUGUUCUUGUUUCUCAUCUUGCAUGGCUUGUAUAGAUGUAGUUGAAUAAGAUCAAAAUCCCCAUUAUGCUUCGAGUCAGGAAGCUCAAUUUACUCAUUCCAUAAUGGGUAUACUUCAAAAGGUUAAUUAUGUUUGUUGACUUUUUGGAAGAU